AUGAAUAGAGGUUAUUGGCUGGAUGAUGGAGAGAACUUAAAAAAUCCUGUUUUAAGAUUUGCCCAUGCUGCUAAUCAUAUUCAGGAAGAAUUGAUUGAGAAAGUAGAAAUAAUUGAAGAAGAUAGAAAAGUGGCUAGUUGUUCUGGUUAUGUUGGUUCCCCAGGGAUUUAUACUCCUAAUCAAGACACAGACAUCGAGUUUGUUUUAGAUAAAAGUGAUAAGAGCAAUAGACAAGUGGCCAGUUGUAAAGCAGGG